AUGCAAUGUGACUUGCAUCAGGAGCCACGAGAGCAGGCCGCGCAGGCAUUUGAGAACUAUCACAGCGAGAACUUCUUCCUGACUCAGCCCUCUGCAGGGCUUCAGAAGGUGAAGGAGAGCUUCCUGCCUUUCUGGGUGACGACAGCGACUGCCCAGGUGGUGCUGAAGGGGGCGCAGCUGGGCUAUGACGCGUGGGUGUCGGUGUACAACCCGGCCACCAGGCGCUUUGAGCAGCAGCUGCGCACCACCUGGCGCCAGGUCAGGCUGCAGCAGAGCUGGGAGCGCUCCUACAGCGCCUCCGAGGAGGGCAUGCAGGUGUACGCGAGCUACAAGUAUCCGCGCGCAGAGGUGCAGCGGCUGCGGCCGGGCCGCACAGUGACGCAGGCCACGGAGUUCACGCCGCGCAUGCUGACGUCCGCGGCCACCGGAGAGACGCGGCGCGUGGGGCCCUUCCACAUGAAGCCCGGCACUGCCCUCAGGUUUGUGUCGGAGUGGAUGCGGUGCCAGGAGGGGAACGCGGCAGAGGACCUGUUGCGCAGCAGCUUUGACUGCGACAGGGUGGCGGGCGUCGACAUGGACUUCAGCAUCACGGCCAUGCGCUCCUCGCCGCUCUACGUGCCCGCCUACAUCUUCCGCUCGCAGCACUUUGGCACCAAGAUGCGCACCUUUGUGUCAGGGGUGAACAGCGAGCAGGUGGCGGGGGCGCGCGCGUACGACGAGGGGAAGAUAGCAGUGCUGGCGGGUCUGGCGGCUGGCGCGGGGAUGGCGCUGUCGCAGGGGCUGGCCGUGCUGGCAUCCGCGCAGGCGCUGAUCUGGGGCGUUGCCCUGCCCAUGAGCCUGGCCGGCGUCGCUACACAUUACCUCACCUGGCUGCGCGCGCGUUGGGCCGCCUUCUGGCAGCAGUCUGAGGAGACCAGGGAUGCGGAGGGCAACAGGGCAGGGGCGUGGGACGCGGAGUGGGUGCAUGCAUACUCGCGCUACGAAGAGGAGCGGCGGCGCAUGGACGAGCAAGAGAACGCCGAGUGGUUUGGCAGCUCUGCGCAGCAGGGCAGCGCUGGCGAUCGCCUCGGCUACUACCAGCUCAUGGGCCUGGAGGCCGGCUGCAGCAAGCAGGAGAUCCAGGCGGCAUUUAGGGGGCUGGCUAUGAAGUGGCACCCGGACAAGGUGGAGGACAAGGACAAGGAAGCCGCGUCCAGGAGGUUCCAGAAGCUGAAUGAGGCUUACAGCAUUCUCAGAGACCCUGCGAAGCGCAGACAGUAUGAUGGCAGAUGA